CUGCCUUGGGAACAGUUGACGGGAAAAUCUCAUGGAUCUGCUGGUUCGCCCUCCUGCCACCCCUUCUCUCUUAACUGCCUGUUUCCAUCCUGCCUCCUUUUCUCCCAGCAGAGCCCACAGGGGACACCAGUGCUUGAUGUAGUGAUGGGCUUAAACUGCCUUAGCAGCCUGGUUUCCUGAGAGGUGAGGGACACAGGAGGACUGGCGUGGGACAGGGAGAGACUUCUUGGUGCUCUGGUUCAAAGUGACUUCUCUGCAGCUGCCUCAGCAUGGAGAGUCGGGCCGGCCUGGCAGCCGCCCCCAGAGCACUGCCUUACUACGUGGCUUUCUCCCAGCUGCUGGGCCUGACUGUGGUGGCCAUGACGGGGGCUUGGCUCGGUCUGUACAGGGGCGGCAUCGCCUGGGAGGGCGCCCUGCAGUUUAACGCGCAUCCCCUCUGCAUGGUCAUAGGCCUGAUCUUCCUGCAGGGAGAUGCCCUGCUGGUUUACCGGGUCUUCAGGAAUGAGCCCAGACGCACCACCAAAGUCCUGCACGGGCUGCUACACGUCUUUGCGUUCAUCAUCGCCCUGGUGGGCAUGGUGGCGGUGUUCGACUACCACCGGGAGCAGGGCUACGCAGACCUGUACAGCCUACACAGCUGGUGCGGCAUCCUCGGGUUCGUUCUCUACUUCGUGCAGUGGCUCGUGGGCUUUAGCCUCUUCCUGUUCCCCGGAGCUGCGUUUUCGCUGCGGAGCCGAUACCGCCCACAGCACAUCUUCUUUGGCGCCGCCAUCUUCCUCCUGUCUGUGGGCACAGCCCUGCUGGGCCUGAAGGAGGCGCUGUUGUUUAAGCUCGGGGCCAGGUACAGCACAUUUGAGGCCGAGGGUGUCCUGGCCAACGUGCUGGGCUUGCUGCUGGUCGGCUUCGGGGGGACUGUGCUCUACAUCUUGACUCGCCCUGACUGGAAGCGGCCACCCCAGGCGGAAGAACAAGCUCUCUCCAUGGACUUCAAGACGCUGACAGAAGGCGACAGCCCCAGCUCCCAGUGACGGCCUGCCCUUGUCCCGCGGGGAGGGCCUGGCUGUGGCUGGCCUCAGUUCUGGGGGGUUUGGAUAGGCGUCUUUCCCACGCUCUGUCGAGGCUGUCUUUAGGCUCAGCGGCUCCUGGGAGGGCUGGGCAGUGUGGUUAGGGAGCGUGGGGGCAGCGUUCCCCUUGGAGCGCUCAUUUCUGGGGUGUAGGGCUUGGCUUUCUCUGCUUUCCCUCCUUGUUGCUGCUUUAGAGUCCUGUUAGUUAUGCACAGACCCCUGCCCCUGUUGUCAUCAUCACCCCCUCAAAUCGAGCAGCUUUGGGUCGGGUUUUGGGUGGUCAGUCCUGGUUACAAAAGCACAGAUCCUUCAAGAAGACGUAGAGUGGCUCGCUCCUCUUGAGGCAGCGGAUGCUGGGCCGAGUCCAGGGGCUGCAAAGAGCACAAAGCUGUGGGAGAAACUGGGGCUUAGUGACAGGCCUGGCAAGGCCGAGACUUGCUUUGUGUAACACUGAAUUCAAACCAGGAGUCUCGCUAGUCUGAACAACACGUGGUGAGAAGGGGGCCCGGCCUUGGCAGGGAGCAAGUGAUAUUAUGUAUGAACUAUGUUGGUGUUCAGAGCAGUGUUCCCCAGGAGCGGGGAGGGACUGGCCCCGGGGAAGCUGCGGAGAUGGGGCUUUGGGCCAGCCCCAGGCCGGCCCUGCUGGGAGAGGGACGGGCCAUGGGCCCGAGACUAAUGGUACUUGGCGGCUGAGGGCCACAGAGAGAGCAGGAGAUGGGGCCCUGUGGAGGCGCGCUGUGGCCGGGUGGGUCUACUCGUGUUGAGGCCCGCCCGCCAGUUGCCUCCGGGGUCCCCGCCCUCCCCAGCUGCUCUGGCUAGGACCUGAGGUGGG